AGUAACACAUGGAUGUUGUUAGGUAGAGUUUGUCGGGUACCGGCUGUGUUGAGACUUUUCGUCCCACAUAAUGUCAGACAUAUAACAGAUCAGGGAUAUAAAUAACAUCGUCAUACAGUUUGUUGGAAUUUUAACUUCAUGUGAUGAAACAGAUAAUCGCACUCUACAAAAUGUGAAACGUACGGAGUACACGAACGAGAUAUUGUUUAGAUCAACGGUAGUAGGUAAUUGUGGAAGACGGCGCAUAACUAUGUAUCAGUUUUGUUCAAGAGAUGGAAUUUAUUGUCAUGCAAGUUGACCAUAUAUGGCGUUGGUUUAGUUCCUGUUUGUGCAUUCCAUGUGAGACAUUAUGACAAAACCAUUCUGUCGAUUUUGGCAGAGAAGUAAAUGGCGAUGGUACAUUUUAGCUUUAUUUCUCCUAAGUGGUCUGGCCCUGUUUACCGGAAGACUUGGAACAUCUGGGAUGCAUUCUAUCAUGGCGGCCCCCAUAGCCAUUAUACAGGAAGCCAGCAACUACAAUGAUGUCACUGACUGUGUGACGUGUGAGAAUAAGCCGUCAAAUCACGUGGUAUUCAUUAAAGUUCACAAAGCCGCCAGUACAACUGUGAUGAAUGUUAUGUUAAGAUAUGGAUUAAGCAGAAAUUUAACAAUCAUGUUGCCAAGGAGAUACAACUGUAUAAAUGAACUAGGAACUGUGUCCAAGCGAGAUGUACUACCCUCCAUUACCGGGAAAUACGACAUCUUGUGUAAUCACGUGAUUUAUAAUCGAACGGCUAUAGCAUCUUUUUUCCCGUCUGAUACCAAAUAUGUGACGAUACUGCGUGAACCGUUUGAACAAUUCGUAUCCGGCUUUAUGUUUUACCGUUAUGUUUACCCCGUUAAUUAUCUGAAAAACUUCACCAGUGCAAACCCAGUCCACGAAUUUCUUUCCAAUCCGCGUAAAUAUGAACCGGCCAACCCGUGGUAUUCUUUCACCAACAAUCGAAUGAGCCUCGAUCUGGGUUACCCGGAUGUUAGUUUUAAAAACAUGACGUACCUCGACGACUUCUUAAAGAGUCUUAGUAAAGAAUUUGAUUUGGUCAUGCUUGCCGAAUAUUUUGACGAAUCUGUGAUUUUAUUGAAAAGGACCUUAAACUGGGCCUUAAAGGACGUUCUGUACAUAUCAAGUAAUACAUUUUCCAAAUAUAAGGCCCAAUUAAACAUUUCCGUCGACGACAAACUGGCACAUCAACAGUGGGCUAAAGCCGAUUAUGCCCUAUAUCAGUACUUUUAUGACGUUUUCUGGAAAAAGGUGUAUGACCAAGGAGCCACAUUCUUUCAAGAAGUUCGAACAUUCCGAUAUCUCCGCAAGCUGAUGACGGAUUAUUGUCAGCAAAAUAAAUUUAAGCGAUCAAGUGUGGAUUUAAUUUUACAAGCAACGAACUGGAGUUCGGAUAUUACCAUCACUAAAAAGGAUUGUCAAAUAAUGUUAACCGCGGAAUUAAAUCUUAUCGAAAACAUGAAACGCGACUAUAUGUUUAAAUUCAAGGAUAAAGUUACACACCUUCUUCACAAAAAUUCGAGUUGGGUUUACGAUUACGCCACUAAAAAGUUAAAACACAGAUGAUGUAGGUGCUUGGUAAAAAAAAAUAUCUCACAGGCGUCGGAUCACCAGGGACGAUUUAAUCUGAUUGAGUACUAAUAUUUCGUGUUUUUGAUUUUUUUUAUACUUCCGAUGGUCUACACUACAUGAAGAUCUAGCCGGUUGUAGUGAAAGGUCGCCUCAGGGGUCAUACGAGCGGCUUUUGACCUAUGGCGUCAGACAUUGAUCAGUUAAUCAGCGCUGAUGUUUCUAGUGGCUUACCCACAGUUCCGUGCAUCGCACGCCAAGAAAUUGUCGUAACAGAUCGUUUCAUUGGCUAAUCCUUCUUUUAAACAAGAACGCGGCUUAUAUAACAACUUUUCUAGAUCCUAGUGUAGUAAAGACAAGUAAAAGGAAAUUUUGAUCAGAUUGAUUGCCUACUCGGUUAUAGUUAUGGUAAAUUCUUUUUUCAAAAGUUAAAACACGGUGAAGUGUGGUCGUUAAUCUAAUUGGUGUCUGGUUUGUAAAGCAUAUCAUAUGGACAUCGGGUCUUCAAGAAUUACUUAAUCUGAAUGGUAAUACCCCCGUCAGACCGCAGUGGCGUCCUUACUGUGGUGACGCUAUGGCGACGGAAAAUGGUCAUAGAGCGCUUCAAGAUCGCUAUAAGCGUGGUAAAGGCGUGCUCACAAUUGUCCCCCAUGAUCGCCGAGUCACAGCGUUUGUUUUGAGCAUGUUCAAAACAAAUGUCAAGGUUCUGCGAUCUGACCUGAAAAGCUGUAAGAACGCGACUUUUUUCAAGUUUGUAAUAUUUUUGGGACAUUUUCUUGCGUUGUGUUCACGUUUGCCGGCGACCUCGUGCAUUUUCUGGUCGCUGUACAUUCGCAGUAAGGACGUCGCCCCGGUUUUACGUGGUCAUUAGGGUGGUAUACGUCCUGCAACAGAAUAAAUACCCGACAACCCUUGUCGACUGCUGGACAACUUAGCUGCUGUUGGUGUAUGUUUCAUUGUCUGGCAACCUUUCAUGGAAUAUUAUAUUCCAUUGUGGCAAACUAAUGCUUUCAUUUGAUCAUAUCUGCCUAUUCAUUUAGCAUGGUAAUCAUAGUCCAAAACAAUUCAUGGGAGUCCUAAUGGUUUAUCUGCCUAUUCAUUUAACAUGGUAAUCAUAGUCCACAACGGUUCAUGGGAGUCCUAAUGGUUUAUCAGUCUGUUCAUUUAACAAAGGGAUUUUUGUUUUAUAAAACUUAUUUAUUGUUAAAAUAAUAAUAUGUAUCAAUCAAGACCCCAUUAUCAUGAAUUUAUUUGAAACGCUGCUUUAAUGGCUGUGUAACGAUUUUUCAAUUCCUUCUGCCUCCUUAAAGAUGCAUUAUGUAAGAGCUAAAUCGUUCUAUUGCAGUUCCGUUUUCUGGCUUCAAAUGUUAUAUAAAUUAUUAUCUAAACUUUUAUUCAUACAGUCUGUCAUUGAGUCAACUGACGGGGUUUCUAUUCCCCGGUUGUACGUGGCAAGGAGUACGGUCGCCUGUCCAACCUCGUGGAUUUUCUCCGGGUCCUCCGGUUUCCUCCCACUGCUAAAGACCCUUACGCGCAAGCGAAUUAUUGAAAUAAAAUUGAACCAUGUGUUAGUCCCGAAAUGACCUAGUUUGUGUCGAGUGGACGUUAAAACCCAUCUCUUUAUUCACAUGUACGGCAAGCCCAUAAAUAACCCUCUUUAUCAUCGGAUGGCUAAGAUAACAAGUGACUUAUACAAUGCCCCCCGCCACCCGCCCCCCGCCCACAUCUUCGUUAACCGUUAAUCUUGAAAAUCAAGACUCCGUUUAUCAUCGUAGCAAUGGUGCAUGACAAUAUGGAAUAUUUAGCACUACUUUUUGUCAAAUGUUUUAAAUAUUCAUAACAUUCAUAUAGCAAUAUCUAAUUGUAAUGAAAUGAAAUGGGGUUUAACGUCCUAUUGUUCUGCUCCUGUACUGAGCUAAUGAAGACGGGCAUACGCCAUACAGUGUACUAUGAGGGAAAUUUUGCCCGGGCAACGGCACUAUCGCCUACUCUUAUAUCGAAUUCCAACUGCCAGGGGGUCUUUUACGUGCAUUCCAAUAUAUACACGGGACCUCGUUUUUUUGUCUCAUCGGAAGGACUAGACAGCUGUCCUUGUCAGACCCCCACUUCUGCACCACUGACAAGGGGAAACCACGUCGGAAAAUCUCGAUGAACUUUCUCGGCCAAUGCAGGGAUCGAACAUCCGACCUCCAGGCUAGCGAGCCAGCGUUAUCUAAUUGUGAACUAUUAUAGCAGGAACGACCAGAAGAUAAAUCUUACAUAAUGCAUCUUUAAAUUGCACUGUGUUUGUACAUGUCCAUAGAAAUCAUCUUGAAUUUUAUGAAAUUGUAUUUGUGAUAUAUUUUUUAUAUUUUGUAUUUAUUGGAAACAUUCGUAGGUAUUCUUGAUAUAAGUGUUUAAAUAUAUAAAGUACUUUUAUUAUUAUAACAGACAACAUUUAUAGCCGAAACUUACACAUGUAUUAUGGACCAUUCGUGAGACGAAAGGGAAAGGUCCAAAUAUUUUAAAUAAUGUUCAUAUCAUAAAAGAAAGCAUUUAGAGUCGAAACUUGCAUGGACCAUUCGUGAGACGAAAGGGAAAGUCCAAAUAUUUAAAAGAAAGCAUUUAAAGCUGAAACGUACACAGAUUGUUGAUAUGUAUAAGGGGCGUUCGUGGGGCCAAAAGGAAACAAUAACAACGGUUUUGUCAGGUUUUAAAAACUUGACGGUAUCUGUUGAUACGGAUGCAGGGCGUGUAAAUGUAACAGCUUUUUAUUCAUUUUAACUUGUCUGUACGCGUAGAAAUGUUUGUCUUCAUCAAAUAAAUUUACAUUUAAAGAAA